AUGGAUCCUCCGUUUGGUUGUGUUUUUACACAAUUGUGCGUUGACCAUGGUGCAGAUCCCAACUUGGCUUCAGCGGACGGAAAAACGCCUGUACAUAUGGCUGUAAUGUAUGGCAGAGAAGAUACGUUACAGAUACUACUACAAGCAGGAGGCCUUCCAACUAUGAAGGAUUCGCAAGGACAUAGUGCUUUCGAUCUUUUGAUGCAGUCUACUGGUGGAAAAAGUGAAAGCAUUUUACGAAUGUUACGUGGUGAAAGCAAGACGGAGGAGAGGGGAACGUCUCAAUCGAACUCUGACCAGAAGAAUUACUCCAUCAUUGAUGAUAUUUCUUUGCUUCACAUUAGUGGAGACGAUUAUAUGCCGCACGGCAAACAUAUCGGAGAAACAACCUUUGACGAAAUAUUUAAACAUCAUAUUCAUCUUCCGACACUCGACGAAGAAAAUAAAGUUGAAGCGUCAAGUUUAAAAGAAUCCGUUGUGUCGCAACAUUUUACGGAACAAGAUGACUCAAAUCCGAGUUUUGAAGGAAGUCGCAAAAAUACGUGGCUAUCAUUUUUUACCUGCAGUGGAAAGUUUUCCAAAUUUCGUCGCCGACAUAAUGAGGAACGUUGGAUAACACGUGUGGUACGUCGACGUCUUAUGAAAUGGUUUGAUGAUCUGUUUCAUCGACGUCGUUAGUCCUUGUUUACAUUGUUAAAAUUAUUGAAGAACAAUGUCAACCUUUUCAAAACUCUGUUUACAUUUUAAUCUUUUUUGUGAAUACAAUAUGUUAAAUGAGGGCAAAGUAAAACUUUUGUUAAAAAUAUGAUGUUAAGUCAAAAGAAAUAUGACAGUUUAGUUUACUACGUAGUUUGCGGACUUAUUUGGCGCCAUUCAUUUUGAUUUUUAACAAAAUUAAGAUUUAAAAGAAAUUCCUUCAAAAGUCGUUCACUUAAGUAAAAGAACUUAUUCCCUAGAACAUUGUUAAGCAGGCUGGAUUUAUAAAUUGGUAUUCAAGUUUUAAUGAUUUAGAGGAUAGAAGUAUUUUAAUUUA